UAUUCUCGAGGAUGUGACAUCGGAAACUUCGGAUUAAUAUCCUUAUAUGCCAAUAGCCCCACCGUCUUCUGGGCUGAAUAAAGCUAAGAGGCAUUUCUGCACGUUACAAAAUCUCCUGAAUUCAUCUUCAGUAUCAUGGCCAAGGAAGGAGGUUCUAAAGUGAAGACAAUUCUCCAGAGUGAGGCCCUCCAGAAGUACAUCUUGAAUACUAGCACAUACCCAAGAGAGCAUGAACAACUGAAGGAGCUAAGAGAAGAGACUGCCAGGAAAUAUGGUGCCAGGGCUAUUAUAGGUGUGCCACCUGAUGAGGGGCUCUUCCUGUCUAUGUUUUUGAAAGUAAUGAAUGCCAAGAAGACACUGGAGAUUGGUGUUUUUACUGGCUAUUCUCUUCUUACUACUGCUCUUGCACUUCCUGAUGAUGGCCAGAUAGUUGCAAUAGACCCUGAUCAAGGAGCAUUUGAAGUUGGUCUGAAAUUCAUCAAGAAAGCUGGUGUGGAGAACAAAAUCAAAUUCAUCAAAUCAGAUGGCAUUUCUGCUCUAAAUGAUUUGUUGAACAAUGAAGCUAGUGAAGCAACAUUCGACUUUGCAUUUGUGGAUGCAGACAAGCCAAGCUACAUCCAGUACCAUGAACAACUAAUAAAGCUGGUGAAGAUUGGAGGAAUUAUCGCUUACGAUAAUACUCUAUACGGUGGAUAUGUUGUCAGUGAAGAAAUUGAAAUGCACGAAAGAUCCACUGUCAACAGAAAAGCCAUCAUACAAUUCAACAACUAUAUAGCCUCGGAUCCGCGAGUUGAGAUCUCUCAGGUUCCUGUAGGAGAUGGUGUUACAUUGUGUAGGCGCAUCAUGGCUUAGCUGACAUGAUAUUUUACAUGAAUUUUAUUAAUAGUGCAAUUGCUACAGCAUAGUUGGAUGGUUUGCUUGGUCAUAAUUCCUUGAUACUGUCCCAAUAGCAUUAGGCAUAAGAAAGAUUUCUUCUCUGAGCAA